CCCGCCUGCCCCGGACCGCGCGCCUCCGAGCUCGGCGCGCGCGCCCCACCGCGCAGCUCGGCUCCGCUUGACCCGCGGGCGCCAGACGCCGUGCUCCGGCGGGCGCAGCCGUGGCGGCGCGGGCCUCCCGAGCUGACACUCCCCCUGCGCGCCCCUCCCCCGCCGCGGCGCAAACCCGCCCGCCCGCCCGCCUGCCUGCCUGCCUGCCUGCGCGCGAGCCCGAGGCCGCUUCCCCCGGUACCGGCGACUGCGCGGCCCUGGGCGCGCCGGGGUCGCCUCAGGGUCCGAGCGGCAGCGGUGGCCUCCUCGGCGAGCGAAGCCUGCGACGCUGCCGAGCCCGGCUCCCCAUCGGUUCACCUCCGCGAGCCGCGGCGACGACCGCACAGGCGGCGGCGGGAUGAGCGGUAGCGGCGCGGCGCCGGGCCCGGGCUCGGGGUCCUCCCCGGCCGCCUGUCGCUUUGCGCACUACUUUGUGCUGUGCGGGAUCGAUGCGGACAGCGGACUGGAGCCUGACGAGCUGGCGGUUUUGUACCAAUGGCUAGAAGCAGAUCGUCAUGGCAAGAGCCAAGAAACUACAAAUACGACUUCAGGCGAAAAUUUUGACCAGAGUCCUUUGAGAAGAACGUUCAAAUCAAAAGUUCUGGCCCAUUAUCCUCAGAGCAUAGAAUGGAACCCUUUUGAUCAAGAUGCAGUGAACAUGCUGUGCAUGCCCAAAGGGCUGUCUUUCAGAACACAAGCGGACAAUAAGGAGCCCCAGUUCCACUCGUUCAUCAUCACCCGCGAAGACGGUUCUCGCACCUACGGCUUUGUUCUCACUUUUUAUGAAGAAGUCACAAGUAAGCAGAUCUGCACAGCGAUGCAGACGCUGUACCAGAUGCACAAUGCCGAGCAGCACGGCAGUGUGUACGCUUCCUCCUCCUGCAGCAUGGACUCGCUGGCAAGCAGUAUUGAUGAGGGAGACGCAACCUCUCUUUUGAAACUCCAGCGAUACAACUCUUACGACAUCAACAGAGACACCUUGUAUGUUUCAAAAAGUAUCUGCUUGAUCACACCUCUGCCUUUCAUGCAAGCCUGCAAGAAAUUCCUCCUCCAGCUUUACAAGGCUGUUACCUCUCAGCAGCCACCACCCUUGCCCCUUGAGAGCUACAUCCAUAAUAUUCUCUAUGAGGUACCCCUUCCACCUCCUGGGAGGUCACUAAAGUUUUAUGGUGUUUAUGAGCCUGUCAUCUGCCAGAGGCCUGGGCCCAAUGAACUUCCUCUUUCUGACUACCCUCUCCGAGAGGCCUUCGAGCUCCUGGGAUUAGAGAACCUCGUUCAAGUGUUUACCUGUGUCCUUCUAGAGAUGCAGAUCCUUCUCUACUCACAAGAUUACCAGCGCCUGAUGACCGUGGCGGAAGGCAUCACCACACUCCUCUUCCCAUUUCAGUGGCAGCAUGUUUAUGUGCCCAUCCUCCCUGCCUCUCUGCUGCAUUUUCUCGAUGCCCCUGUCCCUUACCUGAUGGGUCUUCAAUCAAAAGAAGGAACUGACCGGUCUAAAUUAGAACUUCCGCAAGAGGCUAAUUUGUGUUUUGUGGAUAUUGACAACCAUUUUAUUGAAUUGCCUGAAGAAUUUCCACAGUUCCCCAAUAAGGUGGAUUUUAUCCAAGAACUGUCUGAAGUUCUUCUCCAAUUUGGGAUUCCUCCUGAAGGCAGCCUCCAUUGUAGCGAGAGUGCCACCAAACUGAAGAACAUGGUUCUGAAAGACCUGGCUAACGACAGAAAGAAUGGCAAUGUCCCCACCAGCAACAUCAGCGUGUACGAGUUAAUGAAGGGCAAUGAAACCAUAGCCCGCCUCCAGGCUCUUGCUGAUAGGACUGGUGUGACUGUGGAAAAAAUUGACCUCUCAGCUUCUCUGAAUGAAAAAGAAAAGGAUUUGAAAUUACAGUGUGAAGAGGCAGAAUUGAGGGACUACCAACUCAACAUACAAGUACGAGAGGUCUUUGCCAGCCGCUUUAUACAGAUGUUUGCGGAUUAUGAAGCAUUUGUGAUUCAGACCGCCCAGGACAUGGAGGCCUGGCUGACCAACCGGGAGCAGAUGCAGAACUUUGACAAAGCAUCCUUCCUCUCUGACCAGCCUGAACCUUACCUGCCAUUUCUUUCACGCUUCAUUGAAACACAGAUGUUCGCCACCUUUAUUGAUAAUAAAAUCAUGUCUCAGUGGGAAGAGAAGGACCCUCUGCUUCGGGUCUUUGACUCUCGGAUUGAGAAGAUAAGGUUGUAUAACGUAAGGGCGCCCACACCCACCCUGCGGACUUCUAUCUAUCAGAAGUGCAACAGUUUAAAAGAAGCAGCCCAGUCAAUUGAGCAAAGACUGAUGAAAAUGGAUCACACUGCAAUUCACCCACAUCUACUUGAUAUGAAAAUCGGCCAAGGCAAAUAUGAGCAAGGGUUCUUCCCAAAGCUGCAGUCCGACGUCUUAGCGGCAGGACCGGCCAAUAACAAUCGCUGGGUGAGCCGAAAUGCCACAGCACAGCGCCGGAAAGAACGCCUGCGCCAGCAUUCUGAGCACAUUGGACUAGACAAUGACCUACGGGAGCCUUCGGGGGAACUUUUGGUCUGUCAGAACUCCAUGGCAUUCUGGGAGUGGGAUCAGGGCCCAACUCCUCCUGCACGGCUUCCUAAAAAGUCCUUCUCUGAGUGCUGCCUGAAAUAUAUGCAAGAGGCGCGAAGCCUAGGAAAGAACAUGAGGCAACCGAAGUUGUCAGAUCUCUCACCUGCUGUGAUCGCACAAACCAACUGGAAAUUCGUAGAAGGCUUAUUAAAAGAAUGCAGAAUGAAGACAAAACGCAUGUUGGUAGAGAAGAUGGGACAUGAAGCUGUGGAGCUGGGCCAUGGAGAAGCGAACAUCACUGGCUUGGAAGAAAAUACCUUGAUCGCCAGCCUCUGUGACCUACUGGAGAGGAUAUGGAGCCAUGGUUUACAGGUCAAGCAGGGGAAAUCUGCCUUGUGGUCACAUUUAAUUCAUUUCCAGGACAGAGAAGAGAAACAAGAGCACCUUACAGAUUCACCAGUUGCCCUUGGACCAGAAAGAAGAAAAUCUGACUCAGGAGUUAUGUUACCAACACUCAGGGUCUCUCUAAUUCAAGACAUGAGGCAUGUUCAAAACAUGAGUGAGAUCAAGACUGAUGUUGGCCGAGCCCGGGCAUGGAUAAGAUUGUCUCUAGAAAAGAAACUUUUGUCACAGCAUCUCAAGCAGUUGCUCUCCAACCAACUACUGACCAAGAAGCUUUAUAAACGGUACGCUUUUCUACGCUGUGAGGAGGAAAGAGAGCAGUUCCUCUACCACCUGCUCUCCCUCAAUGCUGUGGACUAUUUCUGCUUCACCAGUGUGUUCACCACGAUCAUGAUUCCUUAUAGAGCAGUGAUAAUUCCAAUUAAAAAGCUGAGCAAUGCGAUCAUCACAUCAAACCCGUGGAUCUGUGUUUCGGGAGAGCUUGGAGACACCGGAGUAAUGCAGAUUCCAAAAAACCUACUUGAGAUGACUUUUGAGUGCCAGAACCUGGGGAAGCUCACCACCGCUCAGAUCGGCCACGAUAACUCCGGACUGUUAGCUAAAUGGCUGGUGGAUUGCGUCAUGGUCAGAAAUGAAAUCACAGGACACACAUACAGAUUCCCAUGUGGGCGGUGGCUGGGGAAAGGCAUUGAUGAUGGAAGUUUGGAGAGAAUUCUUAUUGGAGAAUUGAUGACAUCGGCUUCAGAUGAAGACCUGGGAAAGCAGUGUCGGACUCCACCACAGCAGAAGUCUCCCACGACAACCAGGAGACUCAGUAUUACUUCCCUAACGGGGAAGCCUGCCAAGCCCAAUGCUGGACAGAUCCAGGAAGGGAUUGGAGAAGCUGUGAACAACAUCGUGAAGCACUUCCACAAACCUGAAAAGGAGAGAGGAAGCCUCACGGUGCUGCUGUGUGGAGAAAAUGGCCUGGUUGCUGCACUGGAACAAGUUUUCCAUCAUGGGUUCAAAUCUGCCCGCAUCUUUCACAAGAAUGUCUUCAUCUGGGACUUCGUAGAGAAAGCAGUGGCUUAUUUUGAAACUACUGACCAGAUUUUAGACAAUGAAGAUGAUGUACUCAUUCAGAAAUCAUCUUGCAAAACCUUCUGCCACUAUGUGAAUGCUAUAAAUACUGCACCCAGGAGCAUCGGGAAGGACGGCAAAUUCCAGAUCCUAGUUUGCCUUGGAACAAGGGAUCACCUGCUCCCACAGUGGAUUCCAUUGCUAGCGGAGUGUCCCGCCAUCACCCGAAUGUAUGAGGAGAGCGCACUUCUCCGAGACCACAUGACUGUCAACUCCCUUAUCCGAAUUCUACAGACUAUUCAGGACUUCACCAUAGUCUUGGAAGGAUCUCUAAUCAAAGGAGUAGACGUGUAACCGGCUGACAGAAACUCUUCAUCCUGCGCUGGCUCCUGAACCCUCCCCAGCUCUGGGACCUCUGGACUGGUCUGACCACAGUGAGCACUGCCUGGGCGGUGCUGUGCAGUAGAAGCCCAGUUUGAACAAUCUCCACUCUGCACACGAGGCAAAGUGCUGUAUUGUAGUUCAUUUGAACCUGAAAUUUAGUAUAAAACAGAGUAUUUUCAUGUGUUAGAUGUGUGUAAAUAUGCUAUCUUUAAGAAAUUAUAUUACUCUAAUAAGAUACUUUUCUUAGAUUGAAUAUUCCUGUGACUUAAAAUAAGUAGCUUAAAAAUGUCGGGGGUGGGAGAGCGGUGCUAGUCAGGAAGAAGCCAGUAAAUGUGUCCGUAGCGCAACCCUCCAGGGAUCAAUCACAAAGGAACCCAUAAUGCAUCGUUGUGAAGCAGCCGUCCUUCCUGGAGUUCCGUCCUGUGUGUGGUGAAUGUACACAGCUUUACAUAUUGUACAAGAGUCCUCAUCUACCUUUGGGUUAUAAACCAUUCAAUACGUUUGAAUUAUGAGUCACUUCUCCAGUUUGGGGAAAUGUUAAAGUAUUUUAAAUACCAGACUCCAGCAGAUUAAAAGGUGGCACACACCUUUAAUCCCAGCACUGGGGAGGCCGAGGCAGAUAGAUCUUUCUGAGUUGCAGGCCAGACAGGACUACAAAGUGAGGCUCUGUCUCCGAACACAGGCACACACAUACAGACAGCAAUGCCAGGUCCCAAGGGCUUGGCUCAUCGGAAAGAAAACACGAAAGUCCUGAGAAGUGUGUUUAAGUGUGGGAUUAUAGCUUCUUUACUUUACUUUGGAAAGAUUAGCCUGAAGUAGCUUCGUUCUUGGAAUUUUUAUUACUGUUAUUUGAGAGCACCGUGGAGAUAAUGAAUUUCAGUAUUAGCCGUUUAGUCAUAAUAACUGCAAAAACCAGUGUGACUCGGCACUUUACUUGGCCAUCUAAAGUCUGUAACCAGAGUUAGACCACCAGCCCUGUCUUUGUUAGGUUCCAGCCACCCUCUCCGCCUGCCCCGCCCCCCUCAGGAAAUGGAAGGAAUGUGGAAGAAGGGGAGGUCUCUGUGUGAUUGGAAUGCUUUUGUGAAAGUAUUUGUUGACCAUGAUAAUGCAAAUAACAGAAGCUGGGAGAAAGAGAGGAACCUUUCUGGGUGUUCAGGGAAAUGUAAAGCGAUUGGCUCAGGGCAGUUCAGGCCCUGCCGCUGAAUAAAUAUGUUAGCAAUUACAUAAGUCUUCAUCUUCUGUUAAGUCAGAGACCUCUAAUUAGGCGCUGAUACCCUGUUAGCAAAACUGCCUCAGCAGAGCCCCGGGUCUAUUCCCCUUUGUAGCCGAAGAGCGGGGCUGCAGCCCCUGAGGGUCCUGGGCUCCUGCCAACAGCGCCGUUCCCUUAUUUAUAGAGGAAAAGAAGCUAAUAGAUGAGGGACCUAACUCCCUGUAACAGACACCGCUCAGCCAAGGAGGAGCAGCUCCUGGGAAUGGGAAGGGAAGGGAGGGCUUAGGGCUCCAGAUGGCCUGGGUGAACCAGAGAUUUGUUUACCUAAAAUAAGUAUUCUAGAGACACGAAUCUACUAUGGGAAACAUCCAGGAGCUAUAAAUGGUCCAUUUCAGGCUUUUAUUGUUCCCUUUUCCCAUAGGGCCACCGUCCUGAAACAGCACCAGGAAGAUUCUAAGCUAGUAUGCUGUACAAUUGAGUCAUCCAGUACGGCUUCUUGGUUUAUACGUGGGAACAGAAUCAAAGAUUACAUUCUUGCCCUUUUCCCCUUGACAACACAGGGAUUUUACCACACCAGGCUGCGUGAGACCAACCUUCCAAGCAUUCUUACCUAGUCGUAUUUCUUCUGUUGAAUCUUCAUUCACCCGUACAGAUAUGAAGCAAUAUUCCUGUAGCACUUAAUAAGGACUGAUACUUAAAUGGUUCUGUUGUUUGUUUUUCGUUUGUAAAACAGAAUAUCCCUGUGUAGCCCUGGCUGUCCUUGGAAUUCCACUUUAGAUCAGACUGACCUGGAACUCACAGAGAUCCAGCUACCUCUGCCUCCUGAGUGAGGGGAUUCAAGCGAGUGCCCUGCCCAACAAACUGUCCUUAAUCUCUUAGGCAUUGCAUCUCUUGCAUUCCCACUUGUGCUUAGAACUGUUACUUACAGUAAUACCAAAAAACAAACAAACAAAUACCUAUAAAGUUCUGUUCCGUGUAGUCAUUUGGGUGGACUAGUGAAGUGACUGGUUAAAACCACCGUACAUCCUCCUGAAGGCUGGUCUUCUCCCAGGUGCGGCACCUGCUCACACAGCUAGGCCUCUUGGGAGCAUCCUGACUGACCUGUAUGGCCAUUCCUCUGAGUUUCCCUUUGCCUUAUGGAAUAAAUUCAAUGAGUAGAAACACCAUCAAGACCUUAGGAUGUGAGAGGUAAGAAUGCUCCCACUGAGUUUGGAGUUACCUCUUGCAAAUGAUAAGACUUAUCAUGUGGUUUAUAACAAACUGAGUCAAUAUGGAAAAUAUUUACAUCACAACAGAAGCAGAUUUCUCAAAACAUAGCCCUCCAUGCCCACGUUUGUAAGGACCAUACAACAGGCACCCUUCUUGGGUGUUUUCUUAAACUAGUACUAUACUUUAGAAUCACCUCAAAGUAAAUGAAAAUCAAAACUGCUUCUUUUAUUAAUUUUUAUUAAAUUUGCUAUGCCUGGAGAUGUGGUGCAGUGGUAGAGUGUUUAGGUAGCAUGUACAAAAAGCUGGGGCUCUGUCCUCAGCAGGCAAAAAUAAAAUUGCCAAAAUCUUGAGUUCUUCAAGUUUACUGUCCAAGUAUUUUUCUUCCAUACUAAAGCCCCUAAUUCCAAGCACCUUCAUGUCACCUCUAUGGUGACUGGGUUUGCAUAUUACAUAUGAGAAGUUGUCUGUGCUCCAGGAGGCAGGGGACCCUCAGCACCUCACCAUGACUGCCCAAGAGCAAAGUGGAGCCUCCCAGCAUGACCUUGUUUCCCGCUCGGAAUGAACACUGAUAGAGGAAACCUAAAACUUGCAGAUUUCAUUUUAAAUGUUUAUACUUACUGUACCUUUUCUAGCUCUGUGGGGUUUAUUUAACAUGACUUUUUAAGAAAUUAUUUUAAUGAACUGCUAGAACACUGAAUAAUACCAAGUUGCUUCUACUUUUCUGACAGUAAGCACAUAUAAGUAAAUGUAAAGAAAAAUAGAUGGAGAUAAUAAUUCCUGUAUGGCAUGUGUUAAUAUCUCUAAAGUACUUCAGAAUAUGAGGCAGCAGACAAGACUAUCAGAUCCCCAGGAAAAUGUUUGACGGCGUUGGGGACAGAGCUCCUCAUAACGUAAAAUAUCUAGGAAUGAUGUCUUUUCAAUAGGUUUUUUUUUUUUAGGGAAUUGUAUUUUCUCUGAGGUCUACAGAGGCUAGUCGACCCUUUUCAUGGUAUUGACAGAGCAUUCUGAACUUACAUAUUUCAGUAUUAGCACACCUUGAUUGAUUGACAGCAGAGCUCUCCUCUGCUUUGAUAGAAUUCAUCUGUUUCCAAGCCUCUGUCUUUUGCCUCUGGUUGGUUUGAUUUAUUUUAUUAUUAUUUUUUUAAUUAAUUAUUUUUUUUGUUUGAUUUGGUUUGGUUUUUUGUUUAUUUUUCAAGACAGGGUUUCUCUGUGUGGCUUUGGAGCCUGUCUUGGAAUUCACCAGGUAGACCUGACUGGCCUUGAACUCCGCCUGCCUCUGCGUCCCAGCACUGGGAUCAAAGGUGUGCACCACCACACUGGGCAAGCAUCUGUGUUUUUAGAAAUCUUUGUUUCUAAUGUAACUAUUGCAUUAUCAUUUAGCACAACUUGGAGACAGAUGUCCCUUAUUUCUAUUAAAAUACAUAUACAAAUCUGCUGGAUCAAACCGAAUUUGAAGCUUUUUGAAGUCGUGUGCUGUUACAGUAUGAGGAAAGGAACCCAAGGGUGGGCUAGAGUGGAGCUCACUGAUACGUGUGCUUAGCAUACCCAGGCCUGGGCUCAGCACCCCAGCAAAAGAGAACAGGAAAUUCAACAGUGAUCAUACCUCCCCAAAUCUGAUGCCUCUCUCAAGGAUAGGGUCAAAACUGACUUCAGAAAGACAAACUGAGGUAUUCAUAUUUAUAUUCAUAUUUAUAUCAGACUGGAAAGAAAUCACCAAGUAAACGUCCCCCCUCUCUGAAAGGGUUCUGUCAUAUCCUUCGUUAUUUAGGAAGGAGCCAUGCUUGUUCCAGUUACUUGUGGAUUGGACCCAGUGUAUAUUUUAAACACAUUUUGAUGUGGAAAGGAAUAUUAAGGUCAAAUGAGGAUAUAAAACAUAGAAAAAAAUGUGCUGAACUUGAACCACAUGUAACGGUACCCUGUGUUUUUGUUUGUUUUUUAAUAGUUCUCCAUUUAAAUUAUAUUGCUUCCCUUUGUAUUAUUAACUCUGUAUGUCACAACUGGAAUUCUCUCCCCCUCCCCCAUCUGAACAUAAUAGAAAGUCUGAAGAGUAUUGUGAUAUUAAGCACUUUAACAUAUCGAACAAACUGACAUGGAUUUUUCAGGUUUUGGAUUUAAAUAUGACUUUUCAUGCUUUGUUCUUUACAAAUAAAACGGUGGGGUUGA